GUUGAUGGAUUCUACUACAGCGACGGCUGAGCUUGGCUGGAUGGUGCAUCCUCCAUCAGGGUGGGAAGAGGUGAGCGGUUACGACGAGAACAUGAACACCAUCCGCACGUACCAGGUGUGCAAUGUCUUUGAGUCAAGCCAGAAUAACUGGCUACGGACCAAGUUCAUUCGGCGCCGUGGCGCCCAUCGCAUCCACGUGGAGAUGAAGUUCUCUGUGCGGGACUGCAGUAGCAUUCCCAGUGUGCCUGGCUCCUGCAAGGAGACCUUCAACCUCUACUACUAUGAGGCAGACUUUGACUCGGCCACCAAGACCUUCCCCAACUGGAUGGAGAAUCCCUGGGUGAAGGUGGACACCAUCGCGGCCGACGAGAGCUUCUCCCAGGUGGACCUGGGUGGCCGUGUCAUGAAGAUCAACACCGAGGUGCGGAGCUUCGGCCCCGUGUCCCGAAAUGGCUUCUACCUGGCCUUCCAGGACUACGGUGGUUGCAUGUCCCUCAUUGCCGUCCGAGUCUUCUACCGCAAAUGCCCCCGUGUCAUCCAGAAUGGUGCCAUCUUCCAGGAGACGCUUUCAGGGGCAGAGAGCACAUCGCUGGUGGCUGCCCGGGGCAGCUGUAUCGCCAAUGCGGAAGAGGUGGACGUGCCCAUCAAGCUGUACUGUAAUGGGGACGGCGAGUGGCUGGUGCCCAUUGGACGCUGCAUGUGCAAGGCAGGCUUCGAGGCCGUGGAGAAUGGCACCGUCUGCCGAGGUUGUCCAUCAGGGACCUUCAAGGCCAACCAGGGGGAUGAGGCCUGCACCCACUGUCCCAUCAACAGCCGCACCACCUCCGAGGGCGCCACCAACUGUGUGUGCCGCAACGGCUACUACAGGGCGGACCUGGACCCCCUGGACAUGCCCUGCACAACCAUCCCCUCUGCGCCCCAGGCUGUGAUCUCCAGCGUCAAUGAGACAUCACUCAUGCUGGAGUGGACCCCACCCCGAGACUCAGGGGGCCGUGAGGACCUCGUCUACAACAUCAUCUGUAAGAGCUGCGGUUCAGGCCGGGGUGCCUGCACCCGCUGCGGGGACAACGUGCAGUAUGCACCACGCCAGCUGGGCCUGACUGAGCCACGCAUCUACAUCAGUGACCUGCUGGCCCACACACAGUACACCUUCGAGAUCCAGGCCGUGAACGGAGUCACUGACCAGAGCCCCUUCUCACCCCAGUUCGCUUCAGUGAACAUCACCACCAACCAAGCAGCACCAUCAGCCGUGUCCAUCAUGCAUCAGGUGAGCCGCGCUGUGGACAGCAUCACCCUGUCAUGGUCCCAGCCAGACCAGCCCAAUGGCGUGAUCUUGGACUACGAGCUCCAGUAUUAUGAGAAGGAGCUCAGUGAGCACAACGCCACAGCCAUUAAAAGCCCCACCAACACAGUCACGGUGCAGGGCCUCAAAGCCGGCGCCAUCUAUGUCUUCCAGGUGCGGGCACGCACCGUGGCGGGCUACGGGCGCUACAGCGGCAAGAUGUACUUCCAGACCAUGACAGAAGCCGAGUACCAGACCAGCCUCAAGGAGAAGCUGCCUCUCAUCGUCGGCUCCUCGGCUGCCGGCUUGGUCUUCCUCAUCGCUGUGGUUGUCAUCGCCAUCGUAUGUAACAGAAGACGGGGGUUUGAGCGUGCCGACUCAGAAUACACAGACAAGCUACAGCACUACACCAGCGGCCACAUGACCCCAGGCAUGAAGAUCUACAUUGACCCCUUCACCUACGAAGACCCCAAUGAGGCUGUGCGUGAGUUCGCUAAGGAAAUUGACAUCUCCUGUGUCAAGAUCGAGCAAGUGAUUGGUGCAGGGGAGUUUGGCGAGGUCUGCAGCGGCCACCUAAAGCUUCCAGGCAAGAGAGAGAUCUUCGUAGCCAUCAAGACACUGAAGUCAGGCUACACAGAGAAGCAGCGCCGGGACUUCCUGAGUGAGGCGUCUAUCAUGGGCCAGUUUGACCACCCCAAUGUCAUCCACCUGGAAGGAGUUGUCACAAAGAGCACACCCGUCAUGAUCAUCACCGAGUUCAUGGAGAAUGGCUCCCUGGACUCUUUCCUCCGGCAAAAUGACGGGCAGUUCACAGUUAUCCAGCUGGUGGGCAUGCUGAGGGGCAUCGCGGCUGGCAUGAAAUACCUGGCAGACAUGAACUAUGUGCACCGCGACCUGGCGGCACGCAACAUCCUUGUCAACAGCAACCUGGUGUGCAAGGUGUCUGACUUCGGGCUCUCUCGCUUCCUGGAGGACGACACAUCUGACCCCACCUACACAAGUGCUCUGGGUGGGAAGAUCCCCAUCCGUUGGACAGCACCAGAGGCUAUCCAGUACCGGAAGUUCACCUCAGCCAGCGAUGUGUGGAGCUAUGGCAUCGUCAUGUGGGAGGUGAUGUCCUACGGGGAACGGCCCUACUGGGACAUGACCAACCAGGAUGUUAUCAAUGCCAUUGAGCAGGACUACCGGCUGCCACCGCCCAUGGACUGCCCAAGCGCCCUGCACCAACUCAUGUUGGACUGCUGGCAGAAGGACCGAAACCACAGGCCCAAGUUCGGCCAGAUCGUCAACACGCUGGACAAGAUGAUCCGAAACCCCAACAGCCUCAAAGCCAUGGCACCCCUCUCCUCUGGCAUCAACCUGCCGCUGCUGGACCGAACAGUCCCGGACUACACCAGCUUUAACACAGUGGAUGAGUGGCUAGAGGCAAUCAAGAUGGGCCAGUAUAAAGAGAGCUUCGCCAACGCUGGCUUCAGCUCCUUCGACGUCGUGUCUCAGAUGAUGAUGGAGGAUAUUCUCCGGGUUGGGGUCACCCUGGCUGGCCACCAGAAAAAAAUCCUGAACAGUAUCCAGGUGAUGCGGGCCCAGAUGAACCAGAUCCAGUCUGUGGAGGUUUGACGUUCGCCUGCCUCGGCUCGCCUCUUCCUCCACACCACGCUCUCCUCCCCCUCCACGGGUCCUCCUGCUGCUCCGUCCACUGCAGGGUCAGCCACCUGCCAGAAGGCCACAGGCAACAGAAAGAACCAAGCAGCGCUGCAGCCAAUGAGACGUCACCAACAACACAUGCAAGUCAAAGGAAAGGGAAUGGGGGGAACUCGCAACUAGAUCUGGGAGGGGGCGGGACACGCAAGGAACGUUUUCCAGAGGAUUCUCAUAAAGAGAGUAACGACGGUUCUUGGGGGCGGGGGAGAGAACAGAAAAGGGCUUGGGAGAUCUACGUGAUCUAUCCCAUUGGAGAUCAAACGCAGUCUCUCUCCAACUCCUGGGAAGGUGAGCUGACCAGAACCGAGAAACACUUCCAGGAAAACAAAUACGAAGGCGAGAGAUGGCUGCUGGCCUUGAGCUGUUACUGGAGUAUCACUAACAGCUGACCCCAGGCACAAGAGGCAGCUGGACAGGCAGCUACCCCAGAAUGGCUGCCAGAAAGUCCAUUCCGGCUGCCACUGGGCAGACAGAAGAGGAGGUCCACUUCGGGAGACAAUUUCAGAAACUCUGAGAGACUUUCUGCUGUGGGCUCAGGAGGUGGAAGGGGGGCUCCUGGGUGACAGCCAACAGGCCAGCUCUCCCUGAGGACGGCCACCCAGGUCUUCAGCCCCACUCAGACCCGCCACCGCCCCACAAAGAUGAUGCUGAGGUGACUGUCAUCAGCUCCGACUGCCACUGAGAAGCAUUGAUCUUGCAUCUGGGUUUGUUUACAGCGAUUUGUGGACUCUGGGGGAAUUUUGAUCAGGGGUGGUUUUGGUCUGGGGAGGGUUCGUUUGGGUUUUUUUUUUUUUAAAUGACAAUGAAGUGACACUUUGACAUUUCCUACCUUUUGAGGACUUGACCCUUCUCCAGGAAGAAGGUGCUUUCUGCUUACUGACUUAGGCAAUACACCAAGGGCGAGAUUUUAUAUGCACAUUUCUGGAUUUUUAUAUGGUUUUCAUUGACACUCUUCCUUCCAUCCACUGGCUGCCAGGCCUCACCAAAGCCAACUGUCACAGGGCCAUCUGGGCCUUUCAGAACCUGAGUGAGACUGGGGAAUGAAAGGGGUUGCACCCAGGCCGGGGAGCAUCCCACCCGGGACUGCUGUGGAAAGCAGACUGAAACAGAUGAGUGCUCCGAGGCCAGAAGUGUUCUGUGCCUCGCCUGCACGAGCAUGCUCUCUCUGCCCUACUCUAUCUGGUAUUUCCCAGGCACAGAGGCCCCUUUAGGCUCCUGGGUGCCCUCCGAUGGUCAAAACCCAGUUUUGCCUCUGGGAGCCUGGAUCAGGCUGCCCCAGAAGCCAGGACCCCGAUUAUUCACUGUGACGUCCCAGCCCUCCAGAGGGUACCCAGGGAGACCAUGUGACUCUCCUACUCCCUCCCUCCCCCCAGGCCUCUGCCCAGAUCUGAAGGUCUUGACCACCGGGACAGCAUUAGCCAAGGGGUCUGGUCACAAACGCAGAACAAUCGGUUAGUGAACUGAACGGAAAUAAAUGCUUUAGUUAUAAAAUGA